CGUAUAACCUGCGGGAAGGGUACGAAGCGGAGGAGGAGACGGAAAACAAUGGGCCGUGUUUGGCGCUACCCUCGAUCAGUGAGGACGAUGAGAAUCAAUCCGAUGCGGAGACAAGUUCCGCGUCGCCUAUGAACACCUCGCUGCAGAAGUCACCGGCACACAAUCUGGGUACCAGCCCACGGCAUGCUAAACUCGUGCAUAGCCGCAAUCGGUCGUUAGUGGCAUUGCGAGAGCGAGUGGAACGGCAACGAUCGGUACAGACGACCAGCCAGGCUGCGAACGUCGAACAAACUAAUUCCUUCGAAGGACUCAACCUCGAGGUGGCAAAGGAGAAGGAAAAGGGACGCGUAUCUGUGGAGCGGUUGGACAAUCAGGUUACCACACUGCACAACGACGUUGCUGCGCUUAGCAUGGAGGUUCGCAAUGCUAUACACGCGCUGCAGGAAAUGACAUACAACACCAUGAACUCCCAGCUGGAUCUGGGACAUUUUCAACCUGCCCGGUCAAUACCGAACCUGCAGAAUGGUGCCGUCGGUAUACUGCGCGACAGCGAUCACGUGCUGAUGGCGCGCAGUAGCUCCCAUCCGCCGGAGAUGUGGUGCCGAGAGAUGAACGUGUUUGCCGAAACCGGGAUGGUAAGCCCGAACGGGACGGAAGUGAUGUCCGAGGCGAUGUAUCGCCGCAAGUCGAUCCUGUCGCAAAAGUAUUCGGAGGAAAUGUCCAGCUCAACGCAAACGGAAAACAUGAUCGAUUUCGAUACGCUGGAAAAGAUCGUACUGGCGCAUCCACAUCUCGUGCUGAAGAUUCUUGGCGUGGAGGCUGUCUUUGGUAAGGAGGCGGAUCAUCUCGCCAAGGUGUACCCGUUGAACACCAUCUCCGAGGUGGCCAGUUCGGGUGAAACGAUUUCAUCCCGAGUACAGGACACCGGGAAUUAUAAACCUUCGUUUCCAAACACCAAUGCGGUGGGUAAUUCGACGUUGCAUCAACACGAUCAACAAGACGGCCCACUUUAUGAUCCUCAUGGAUUGAUCGAUGCGUAUCCGGAAGGUGGCUUCUAUUCAUCCAGUACAAGUGCACACGCUAAAGAUGGCAACAGUGACAACAUAUCGCUCGUAACACCACUAACACAACCACCACCAUCACAGCUACCCAACCCGGACGAUGUACCUUUGCAUGCGGACGCUAACGGUGGUUCCGUACCGGUACCGGACACGGACUGCAUACUGAUAGACGAGAACGUGAACGUACUGAAGCAAUCUGCUAUGAAUCAUAUCUUCCGCAAACAGGACCGCGUACCACCGAAUUAUCGCUUUUCUGCCGGCGAUGCCGACCACCUAGAGAAGGGACUGAAGAAUCUACCGUCGUCCCGUUCGCUCGGUGGCAGUUGAAUGUUCCGCACAUCCGCUGGCGGAACCGUAGCGAACCGUACAUGAAUGUCUGUAGUGAUGAAACUGUUCUUUCGUUUUACAUCGCUAUUGUGUUUGCAUACAUUUUAAUGCUAGUGAGAAAUUAAUAAUAAAACAAAACGAGACAUAUUUUAACGGCUAGUAUGCAGAACUGGA